CGGCAGGCAGGGCAUGGCUGGACCCCGAGUACCUCUUACCCCGACUUUUUGUCAUUCGUUUAAUCCGAUCUUUCCAUGCCUUGCCUUGCCUUGCCUUUGCUCUCUUUUCCCACUCAUCACAAACAUUGUCAUCUCUCUUUAUGCUGUCAUGAUUCACGACUUUAUGCUCAUUCUUUGAUACCCAAAUUUCAUACAUACACAUUUCCCAUCCGUAUCUGUUCUUUACUGCAUCCACGAACCCUGAUCUUUAUACUCUCCGACGUCAUUCCCCUCGCCGUUGAAGAUGGCGUUCCUCCUCCGCAUCGCCACCAUUGCUCUAAUCUCAACGCUCAUCAUCUCUUUCGCUUCAGCCCAACAAUGCAGCUACAAAAAAAUCAAGCCAAAGAAGUCUUCGCCUGUUACCGCUGCUAAUUGGGAAUAUUCCGUCAUUGCCAAAAAACUAAGACGACCUCGAAGCAUAUUGUUUGACAGUGAGGGUGCUCUCAUUGUCAUAGAUUCUGGAAACGGUAUACUCCACAUGAAACUCGAUGACGCUGGAGGGACAUGUCUCCAAGUCUCAAAGACGACGACUUUGCUUAAAAAGGAUAAUCUAAACCAUGGAAUCGCCAUUUCAAAGGAUGGCCGCACCAUAUACGCCUCCUCAUCAGAGAACGUCUUCGCAUGGUCUUACGAUCCUAAGAAAGUCACGCUGGAUAAAUCCUCAGAGCAGACACUAGUCAAGAACAUGACCAGUUCAGGCCAUAGAUCACGAACUCUUCUCCUCUCACAGGAUUAUCCUGAUAUGCUCGUCGUUUCCAGAGGUAGCAACAAGAACGACGACGCAGGAACUGAAGUCCUUGCCUCUGGCCGCUCUCAACUUCGUGCCUUCAACAUCUCAUCUUUCAGUAACAGGUCCUCCAAUCCGAAGACCUAUGAAUACCUUGAUGGCAAGCUCCUCGGCUGGGGUUUGCGCAACUCGGUCGGCGUAGCAGAACACCCCGAUACUGGUGGUUUAUUCAGCGUCGAGAACUCUUACGGCAAACUAAAACGGGAUGGCAAAGAUAUCCACAAUGAUAAUCCGGGCGAGGAGAUGAACUUCCACGGCUAUCUGAAUGGCUCUACGGCGAGCCGCGACAGCAAUUAUGGCUACCCAUUUUGCUUAGCCCUGUGGUCCACAGACAACUUUCCUAAGCUUGGUGACCUCAAAAUUGGCGAACAGUUUGCUGGUGAUCGUGAGUCUGAUCGUUCUCGUCGAACCGAUCGGGAAUGCGAAAGGGAUUACAUUGCUCCAGUGCUAGCUUUCCAAGCCCACACUGCGCCUUUGGAUCUGAAGUUCAACAAAAACGGCACACGGGCCUAUGUCGCUUUCCAUGGAAGCUGGAACCGCAAACCCCCGGUUGGAUAUCAAGUUUCGUAUACCGACUUCGAAAAUGGACGACCUGUGGCCGCCGCUUCACAAAGCAGAAACGCCACCACACCCAUCAUUUUCAACAAAGACCUAAAAAAAUGCCCUGAUGACUGUUUCCGCCCUGUCGGUCUGGCGUGGGACUCAAAAGAUCGGUUGUUCUUCACCUCUGACAAAACUGGUGAGAUUUUCGUGCUAAAUUACAAUGACACUGCCCGGGGUGCCAAUGACGAUAAUUCUGCCUUCACCUUACGUCCUGGUUCGGCUGCGUUGAUCGUGGCACUAGCCGCAGUUAUCAUGGGAGGCUUCCUUGCUUGAUAGUUCCAAGUGAACAAUUAAGUUCUUGUGUUUCAAGAAGGCUUGAGCGUGCGUGCGGAGUGUUUGUGUUUCUGAGUUGGAAUAACAGCUUUAGUUGUGGGCGCAGCUGUUUUGUAUCGUCAUAGCAAUUCAAUAUUCGAGC